AUAGUAAAACAUCACGUUUAUACUAUAUCAAUAAACUGAAACUGAAACUGUGUGUUUUAUGUGAUUUAUUUGAUUGAAAUCUAUGACGCAAGUAAUCAGCAAAGCAACGAUAUAUUUUCGGAUAUUGCAUUCUGUGAAUAUUUAUCUUUAAUUUUCGAGUAUCGAGUAAAACGUUUUUGAACGAGCGUAAUUUUCGCGAUAUUGUCCAAUGUGUCGUAAUAAUUAUAUAAAAAAGUGCGCGUUUAACGUCGCAAGAGUGCCGUUUAAAGUAGCAUGCGAUCGUUGUAUUCUAGUAAUUAGCUCUAUCGUAAUUAACUGUGUUUUCGCGAAUGAGUAUUCAACGCCAUGAAAAGGAGCAACAAAGGACGAGAAAGAGAAAAAGAGGAGAUCCGAUAGAACAUCGAGCGACGAACAGCGCGCCAUGCGUCAUCAAUCUUAAAGAAACGAGGAACGAGGACCCGGGACGAGGAAUCUGCGAUCGGUAAGCGGCUAAAGCGUCGAAGAUGUUGCCAAAAUUGACGAUCCUGCUCUGGGCGGCAAUUCCGAUUGCGUUGUCUCAGAGCAACUAUGCGUCGCAAGGUAACAGCAUCGAGUAUCAGCCGGGACUACCGCCGAGCACGGUCCUCGACGGCAAGGUCACCAAGCUGGACGACAUCUCGCCGAUUAUAUUUCUGAAUCGAACCAAGGCCUACCUAAACUGUGGCCAGGGUAGCAUGGAGGUCGAGCUCAAGUUCGAGGAGCCGUUCUACGGAGUUGCUUACGCCGACUUUGAUCGCAACAGCGCCUGCAUAUUCAAAGGACGAGGCGCGACCACCGCUAAAUUGGAACUACCUCUGAAGGGAUGCGGUACAAAGCAAGAUCCUCUGCGUGUGUUUACCAAUAAUGUGGUCGUUCGCUUUCACCCCGGAUUAGAAAUGGACGGAGAUGAGGUUAUCACUAUAGUCUGCAGAUAUCCCCCACCCGUAGCGCCUGCACCUCCAAAGCCUCCAGAGAGCAUAUUGGCCACAUUGACGCCCUCGCCGGUCACCGAACCACCGCUGAAAGGCUUCCAGAUCCUGCUGAUUAUCUGCGCGAUCCUGUUCCUCUCGCUGCUUCUGCUAGGUCUCGGCUGUUCCUACAUGUGCCUGAAACGCCGAAACGUCCGCGUGGUCCAUCGACAUCCGUUCGAGAGUGGCACCGGCUCCGAGAUAACGAAGCUUUCCGGCUCGACCCUGAGCAACAUUACCAUGUUCGAGGGCCUAAAGAUACCACGCGCGCACGCCCUUCUUCACGCGACAGCCGCGUCCACUUCCGGUAGUGAGGCGAAUCUGGUGAUCGAUCAUUCGGACACGUUACCAAGCGAUUAUCCGAGCGAGAGCCACUCUGAGGUGGACGAGGAACGUUCGCUGCCUGUAUCCUCCGCCGGAUCUUACGACAACAAGGCGUUCGUGGAUCAUCGCGAGAUGCAGCAUCAACGCCAGGUGGAAAUGCGUACUUCGAGUUCCUUAUAUUCUGAGACAGUCGCCGCCGAAGUGGAAACCUCUUCGAUGACAGCCGCGAACGCGUCCAGGAUCAUGAUACCGCGUCACCCCGUAGCCGUUCCGCUCGAGCCCAAAUUCGACGUACAGAUGAGAGUGAAGAGAGCACCGCCGCCGCCGAGCCCGUUGCCAUCGGAAUCGGACGUGGCGAGCAUCGCCCUCGAGAGAAAUCUGACGACUAUCCUGGAAAGAGAGGAAUCUACUCGCUCCUUGGAAAGCGCACCCUAUCGAAUGACGACCUUCUCUUACGUCCCCGAGCUUCACGGACCACCGGGUGGUGCGUCCUCUGUUUCCACCAUCUCUCGACAGCAGACGCCUCCGGUCUACUCGAGAAUUCUGCGUAAACAGGCGGAACGGGAGACCACCGUGAUUCAGGAGAAACUCCCAUCGCCGACGACCGAGCAACUGCCCUUGCAACACGAGAUUCGCCGGCCGAGAUCCCUCACCUCCCUGAACACCGAGCUCACCGAAACUCGCUCGUUGACCGAGGUGACGGACGCAUCUCACGCCAAGUAUCGGGUGGCGAGCAUCCUGGCGCCGACUCCGCCGCCACCGCCUUCCAUCGCGCCGACCACGUCUACCACCACGACUCACACCGCCGUUCAACAUCGCGAACACCGUCUGAUACGCGGGGAGAUGACCGAGCCGCUGGUCGAGCCGCAGAUGGUCGCGCCUCGUCGUCCGGAAAUUACGACCCAUGAAGUGGACGAUGUGUUUCUGCGCACCGUCACGGAGAAGAAGACGAUCGAGGACGUGGAGCGUCAUUCUCGCCAGGUCACCGAGUAUCGCGCCAGGCCGCAACCGCCGCCAGAUCUCAAAUGGGACGUCACCAUCAGGAACUAUCCGACGGAGGAUCUGCCACCUCCGCCACCGGAAUGGGAAAACUUCUCCGAUGUCAGUUCAGCUUCCAAUUUAACCAUCACGAAUGAGCCGUCAAACGCCGGCGUGGACUACGAGCCGGACAUAAGCAUCGAGCCGACUUACACCACGCGCGCCGAGAUUCCAUGCAGGCCGCCGCCACCCGCUUCUCGUCGUUCCCUCGACGAUGCCGAUGCCGAUUGGUACACUAGGCUGGCACGCGUCCUGGAACCGCGUUACGCCACCGAACUGACGGACGAGGAGCGCGUCAAGUGGCGCGAGAUCAUCACGACCGAGAGCACGCUACGCACUUUGCUAACCGAGGCAGUGGUCAAGGAGGAUUACGAGCUGAUACGCAAAGACGCGAGAUACAUCAAUCUGUUCCCGCCGGCGAAAUGGGACGUGAUUAUCCGUAUUCUGAGCCCGCCACCAGCGCACACCGGCUCCACCUCGUCCUCCGGCCACGGUAAAAAUCACGGACAGAGAUACAAACGAUCGAAAUCAUCGGAAUGGGACACCAGGUCCAGACGAUCCUCCCUUCCCACUCUGUAUGAGUACGAAAGCGACGGUGGCAGCUCGGCGCGUACCUUAGGCACUCAGAGUCAUCAUCUGCAGACAUCACAGUCCGCCACGACCAUGAUCGGUGGGCAAGGCCGUCCGCGCCGAUUAGGCGGUUCUGUUCGUUCGCGAGGCGCCGGCGCCGGCGCCGGCAGCGAGGCCGAUCUGAGAUCGAUGUCCGAGAUAACGGUCCGUGAUUUUGCCCGGAUGGACCGGGACGAUCUGACUAGCUUGAGUUCCUUUGAGGGCGCGGACUCCCUGGUCAGAUCGCUCAGUCAGCCAAGCUUGGCCAGGUCAGGCUCGGAAUUCACCGAACACUGGGGCAUGCCUUCCGGCAGUCUGCCACCGUGGGCGACCGCGGAGGAUGGCACCAGCUCUGUGGAAACGACACCGAGGGCGAUCAGACGAGGAGACAGAUUGGAGGUACUCGCCUCCUUCGACGAGCACAGACGAGGCCCGUCCGGCACGAGAUCGAGUCGAUACGCCGAGAGGGAACUUAGCGUGCGCGUAACGGAAAGUCAGAGGGCCUCGGACUGGUUUAACGACAACAACUCCGAGCCGGAGAUGCAGAUAUAAGCGACUCCAUAUCACACCGAUUCACGGUUUUUACUUCGAACUCCUAGAUACAUGAGCGACAUUGUUUAAUUUUGACGAAGGUCUAAAUUAAGUCUGAAGGAAUUAGAAAUGAAUUUUGACAAUAGGCAACACCGUUUGUAUUUUACAAAAUCGAAAAGCUUAAGAGAUAAUUAUUCUGUAAUUUUUUGAGUAAUGAAGUUUUUUCACACUGUCACUUUUACAAUGAAACACGAUUUUUGUAAUCGAGUUGAUUCCUCAAUCGGUUCAAUUAAUUAAAGGAAAAAUAUUUCUUAAAAAUAAAAAUUAUAUUGAACAUUUUCAGAAAUUCUGUGAAUAAAAUCGAGAGCUUCCGAGAAUCCUAACAGAGAGGAUUGUCAACUUCAAAUAUUGUUUAAAUAUAAGAAGAGUACUGCUCAAAGAGAAUCAAGAAACGCGAACUAGAAAGAGAUUUAUUAAAAGAUCAAGAGACAUUUUAUUUUUCAGUCCUUCGCAACUCUUCCACAGAUCCGCAUGUCUUCUAUUCUAUUGCGAGUCACGAUAUGACGGAUUAUGAUUUAUACAAGCGCUCAUAUUUUUCUCACGGGCACUUUUUCGGUCGGUGACUCUACGUGACUCGCGCAUUACGAGUACCACCGCUGUUUGUUUCGCUCUCAAGCGGAGACUUCCUGUAUGAUCGAUAUCUUGCCAAGAAUGACAAUGCACACGGACGGGCAGCGAAACACAAAACGUUUCGCGGAAUAAAAUUCAUUUAUUUGUUGCGACCAGUUCGCUAUUUCUUUUUUUCGUCGCUUAUAUCGUUGCCCUACUUCCUCCUACAACUCUUGGCCGUUCACUGCCUGGAUUCGCUGUCCAUCGCGCCCGACAGCUUGCUCAUAACCGCUCAAACUUUGAAUUGUCCCAAUUUCGCGACCGCCUCCCGAAUCGUUCCUUCGAUAUCGAGAUCUCCCGAUGUUACAAUAUCCCGAUUUUUCGAAAACUUGCUCAGCCGCCAGUCUCUUCACACAUCACUCGUAACGCGUAGACGUAGAUCAUGCGAGUUGGCUUAUCUCGCCCCGAGUGAGUCUGCAGAUUCUGGCAAGAAUAUCAUGAGAAAAUCGUACACAAUUUGCAGAAAUUAAACCAUUAAAGUCUAUACUGACAAUGCAAAUUUUUUUAUCGGUGUUAAAAAUGUUUUAUUGGUGUUUUUUAUUGUAUAACUGCGCUCUCAAUAUAUUGAAUCAUUUUAUGCAUUUUGUAAAUCCCAAAAAAUAUUGUCGAAAAUAUUUUACAACAAUAUACAAAAUACGAAUUUGAAUAGCGUAAUCUUAUUCGAAUAUCUUCAAAAGGCUUGAAUGGAUUAAUUAGCAACUGUGUUAACAUUCGAUUAACAGAGAAAAUAACGCAAGAAAGAGAAAAUGGCAGAAAAUGUAUAUGGGAAAAUAAUAAUUAAUACAACGUAAUUGCACGAGAGGACAUAACGUUUGCGCGCGACGCAGCUUGUCCUCAGCUUCCUAACGUUCGAUAGAUCGCGAAGACCGAUCUCUCUCUUCCUCUUUCUCUCUCUUUUUCUUUCUCAAAGAUCGCAGGGGAUCACUCGUAGCUCGCGAUUAAAACAUUCCCGUUUGCGAUACAACUGCGAUAAUAGUCUACUUAAAUAGGUAACGAAACACACGGUGCUGGGUUAUAUGCUUUACAAACGAUAGCUAAACUUCUCUCUCCAAGAUCAUUUAUCUAACCCCCUUCCUCCAAGCCUUCUAUCCGAUUUAAAUGUAUUGUCGUCGGAGUAUCUGGGCUCGGCCGAGAUACGUAUCGACCGACACGGUACGUUCGCGCGUAGAUAGGUAUAUUUGUAAUUAUAUACGGCGUACCUUUAUUGCUAAUGUAUAGUCACACGUAUUAAAUUUAUGCGUAACUCUCUCAUCGCGCUCUAUCUACGUGCAGUCAUUAGAGUUUACGAAGUCUUCCGAAUCCUUGAACUGCGAAAUGGGAAUUCGGAAAGUUUGUAAAUUACACUGAUAUAUCAGAGCGCGAUUAUAGUUCUCAUAGCGAUCGCACGUAAUUGCUCCGGAAUUUCUACGUUUGUUUUGACAAUAGCCAACGAUUUGAAACGUUUUGCUUUCAAAAGAUAAUAUUACCCUCCGCUUUGUUUGCGUAUCGUUAAAAUUAACGGAUGUCAAAAUUUGCGCGAACAAAGCACAUUGAGAUAACGCAAAACUAAUUUCUGAAACAAUAUCAAACAAUUGCACCAGCGAAUUUUCAGAUGCAAUAUGCAGUGUCGAAAUGUAAUAGCACCUAAAAUAAAUUUACUGUACAUAUAUAAUCUCUCAGGAUAUCUAGAAUUUUUUUCGAAAAACGCAUCGCGUUUGAAUUAUUUUCGCGCAAUUAUAUAUCGACAGUUAAUGUACGUUGUAUUUUAAUUUGUAUGUUGUAACGUUGAAUUAUAAUAUUUAACGAUACUACCAAUGUGUGGCAAAGCGAUUGCAAUACUGCUCUCAAUUCAUACACUAUUCAAUAUAAUCGAUGUGCGGAAUAAGAAGCUCGUAGAAUCGUUCGAUAGUUCAAGUUCGAGUGGAUUGUUUGCGAGACAAAUUCGUCCAAGGGCUUGAAAUCGAUAUCGCAUUUAAACAGAUAAUUUUCUGUAAAUUUUGUAGAACGAUGCGUAGAAAGCAGUCAUUGCGGCCGCUUUCUUUACAUGUGACUGUAAAUCAAAAUCAAUAAUAAAGUUAUGCAUUAUAUCUUAAACAUCGAAACGAAUAUCACGUGCUAAGCGCACAUAUGGAUCGAUGAAUAAAGCAUAAAGUGCUCCAGCGCGCACGAAAGGAAUAUUAAUCGCGAAAAAUGGGAUAAUAAAUCAUAUUGAAAUAUUACAUAACAAGUGUUAUCAACGUCCGAAUUUUUAUCUCGACGUCGGUUACAUCGUCCUUUUAGAGCGUCUUCCAACAAAGACUUGCUAUCGCGAGCAAAAUUCAAUGUCGAAGAAAGAGAAGAGAAAAAUGCUUCAGAUAAGAGAAAUUAAUGAAACGCUUGUACUUAACUUAUGGGAUUAGCGUGGAACAAGAGUGACGUGGAAUGACGCGUGGAAUUAGAAAAACUAAGGGUGAAAUAGUGCGCUAAUAUUAGUGUUAUAUAUAGAAAUUAACAUAACGGAUAAUUUUUAUAGGGACGGCUCAUCGUUUUUAUAUCAAAUUUUGUAAAGGAUGCGAAUUGCGUGUGAAUUGGUCGUUUUCACGAAUCGAACGUGCCCGUGCAAUAUUCGCAAGGGUUUCCCGCGGGUGAAAUUGGUGCUACUGGAAUGUACAUAACGAGACGAGGGAUCAAAUUAAAGGAAAAUAGGGGAAACUGAGUCUGGUAAAAUGGCUGAAACAAAUAUGCCAAUACGCUCGCUGUCUUGACGGUACUGUUUCGAUAUAAGCGACGGAUAUAUAUAAGUUUGUAUACUAAACUCCCCUAAAUUGUAACUGCUAACAAAUGUCGACAGCGCACGAAUCGCAAGGUCUGAGUGCGUUAUUAUAAAUCAUGUAACCCUCGCUUCGUAUUACUUCGCGGGAGAUUAAUUUACACGGCCCGACGUGUUGUCGAAGCUAUGAUAAAAUAGCGCGCAACUUCAACAGCAAUCGCGAAUAAAUGGAAAGUGUAAUAUGAUCUUCGAGCGAGGUCGGGGAGAACAUGCCUAUUAAUAAAAUUGGUUACUAAAAGCGGCUUGUAUUGUUACCCUUAUUAACGAAUAAAUUUUUUAUGAUGACUUUA